AUGCUCAACACUGGAGUAUAUACUUUUCGAGCUCAAGGUUCUAUAUAUCAUAAGAUAGGCAAACUACUCCCAUCUACAUCGGAAUCUCGGCCACAAUUCCUUCAGUUGUACAUAUAUGACACUGAGCACGAGGUUAAGAAUCGUCUUGCAGAGAAUAUCACAUUACGACAAGAUAUUGUAAAACGAGUUAAAGCCAUUCUUGAUCAAUGCAAUCCUUUUGUUCAUAAUCUUCGAAGUUUGGCUCAGCAAGAAAACGUACAAGAUUGUGCCCUCCGUAUUAAUGAACAACCAUCAGACCGACCGCAAUAUUGUCUUCCUACUGCUUCUCAUGCGGUUGUCAUUGUCGGUGGAGAAGAAGUUGCAAACUUAAAUCUAAGGGAUAUUUUAGUUCAAUCAACUUCGGGGCAAUUAAUGACUGUGUUGGAUACUGCUGGAUACUAUGAUCCUCUUCAGUAUCCAUUACUCUUUCCAUAUGGUUCCUAUGGAUGGUCGAUAAAUAGUCUCGAUAAUAAUGGAAGAACCAUACCUUGCCGAGCAUUCUAUGCCUAUAUCAUUCAAGUACGACAAUGUGUCAUAUCCAUCAUCUUAAUGGCUGGGCGCUUAUUUCAACAAUUCAUUAUUGACAUGUUUGUGAAAAUUGAGGCAAAUAAGCUAAGGUGGAUUCGAGAUAAUCAAAAUACAAUUAGAGCUGAAUUGUAUCAAGGACUUCAAGAUUGUUUAGAUGUCGGAGAACUCAAUCCAGUGAAUGCCGGAAAAUCAACCAUUCUACCUUCUUCGUUUGUCGGGUGUCCAAGAGACAUGAAUCAAAGAUUUCAAGAUGCAAUGGCAUUAGUUACACAUUAUGGAAAACCAGAACUCUUUUUGACAAUGACAUGCAACCCAUCGUGGAGAGAAAUUGUAGACGAGUUAUUGCCAGAUAAACCAAAAUCUCCGGAAGAGUAUGACACAUUUGUGAGAGCCGAGAUACCUGAUAGAGAUGAAGAACCACGAUUAUACGAUGCUGUUUUGAAGCAUAUGAUCCAUAAUCCGUGUGGUGAAGGUCGUCGAAAUUCUACUUACAUGGAAAAUGGGGUUUGUAAACUACCUUUACAUGAGAAUAGUGCAACCUUCGUUGAUAAUGGUUGGGUUGUUCCAUAUAAUUCAUGGUUGCUACUAAAAUAUGAUUGUCAUAUCAACGUAGAGAUCUGUAGUAGCAUCAAGAGCGUCAAAUAUUUGUACAAGUACGUGCAUAAGGGUGUAGAUCGUGUUUCAAUGGAAGUUCCAGCAGGGGCUGAAUACAAUGAGAUUCAACAAUAUGUGGAUGUUAGGUGGGUAUGUGCACCUGAAGCCUUAUGGAGGAUAUAUCAGUUUCCCAUUACUCGAUUGUGUCCAUCUGUUGAUCGAUUACAACUACAUUUGCAAGAUUGA